UUUUGUUUUGCUUUAUUUUGAAAAAGUGACGAGCGAAUUGUCGGCGAUUUUAAAUGUACACGUGCGUGUAUUUUAUUAAUAGAUUAAUUGCAAUUGAAACAAGUGUGAAUUCGGCAAUCUAUGAUGUACAGGAUUGUUCUAACCAUGUUAUUUGUUGCUGUUGCCAUGGGUGAUGAGUGGAUUGAUCCCUUCAGCAUGGAUCUGGACAGGCCGGAGGAGUUGAACGCUUUGGACAGCAGUCAGUAUCAUGUCACGUUGGCCCACUACAAGAGAUCCCUGAAUCUGCUGCUGAACGCUCUGAUAUUCGACGAGCGUACAGAUGGAUACGUGGGGAAGAUCACUGUGGAUCUGAGCAAAGCCGACUACGAUUUCGUCAAGGAGUUCGCGAUGGGCGAAUCGCCGGUGACGGAUUUUAACAAGCUGGACGCUAUUUUAACGCAAGUAUACACCAGGAGCAUCAUCGACGAUCUCUCCGAUUUCUAUCUCAGCUGGUCCGAGUAUUUCCUCUUCGUGGUGACAUCGCAAUCAUUCCUCAUGUCUCUAUUCGUCGUGCUCAGCUCUUCCAUCGCGUACAGAAUAUGGAAGGCGAGGUUGAGUCUCAAGGAGAUCAUGAAGUGCAUCUUCUUCGUGAUGUGGGUCAUCGAUUUCAUCUACCACUACUUCAAAUUGGUUCAGCAAAACGAGAUUGAAAAGAUGGUCAAUAGCAUGAAAUUCAAAUCGAUUCCAGCCGAGUGCAAUCCCAGCGAACUCUCGACUUUCUCGUACGUCCGCACUAAGAUGCUGGGCGACAAGACGUGCGAAGAGUUCAUGAAGGCCAAAUAUUCCGACAUCUAUUUGAACGUGAAUCCAUUGAAGAUUCUCGCCACGCAAUUCGGGGAUUUCAUCAAGACGCCGGCGCCUGCGAUCGGGGAGAGUCUUGGCUUGAUGACUUCCAGUUUUAUGG